AUGCUAGAAAUGGUGAAGAACGUCUUUCCAGGCGAUGAAGUUUGCUCUGCAAAGUCUAAGGCGUUGGGAUGCAGUCAAGGUAAGGCUAUUGUGGCAGGGAGUGUCUGUAAUGUUUCAGGACAUGUCUUUGUUCUUUCAAAAACAAAUCGUUACCAGCCUUGCAUAGAUGACAUUGUGAUAGGAAAAGUUACGUUUGUAAACCAGGACACAUACAAAGUGGACUUGAAUGGAAUAUCUGCGGUGCUUCCAGCACUCAGCUUCUGUAAUGCAACAAAAAGGAACAAACCUGAAAUCUCAAAAGGAGAUUAUGUUCUAUGUAAGAUAGUUAAGACAGGUGUUGAGCCGCUUCUAACAUGUGUAGGAGAUGGAUUUGGAAAGCUAAGUGACAUUGUUGUUCCGCUUGAACCUUGGAGGAUUCGCCAGUUAUACAUGGAUGAUACACUAUCGAGAAUUGGCAAGAAGUUCAAGUUUAGAAUAGCUCUCGGAUUAAAUGGAAUGUUAUGGAUCGAUUGCGAAAGACCAACUGAUACACGAGAAAUCAUUCAUUUAAUCAACACUUCACAAUAUUCGUUUUUAGAUAAAAAACACUCAUAUAAGUAA